GACGUAAACCAGGAAUUUAUUUAACUUGGGAUGAAUGUAAAGCGCAAGUUAAUAAAUUUCCUAAUGCUGUUUAUAAAAAAUUUUCUACUCAUACCAAAGCUCAAAAUUUUAAUGAAGAAAAACAUGAAGUUUCUGUUGUUCUAAAUGAUAGUAAAAUUCAAAUUUGGACAGAUGGAUCAUCAUUUAACAAUAGUACCAAAAAAGCUCAAGCAGAUAAUGAUCCUAAUAAUUUGAGUGAAAGAUUACCAGGAUCAGAACAAACUAAUAAUCGUGCAGAAAUAUAUGCUGUAAUUCAUGCUCUUGAAAUUUGUGAAAAUAAAACAAAACCUUUAGAAAUAAUAACAGAUAGUAAAUAUGUAAUUAGUAUAAUCGAAGAUUGGAUUGAAAGAUGGGAAAAAAAUAGAUAUAUGAGUUAUAAUAAUAAACUAAUUAAAAACCAAGAUUUAAUUAAAAGGUUAAAAAAACUUAUUGACAAUAGAAUUGGAACAGUUCGAUUAGUUUAUGUUAGAGGUCAUUUAGGAAAUUAUGAAAAUGAACAAGCCGAUAGAUUAGCCAAACAUGGUUCAUUGAGAGAAGCAGUUGCAGAAAUUUUCAAAUUAGAAAAUAAUAUUU